UCUCCUUCUCUCUCUUAAUUACGUCCACACUCUUCACUCUCCCCUUGAUCUCGUAAUUUUUUAGUCCUCUUGCAUUCUCAUCUCUCAGUUUCUUCAUUUAAAAUUUCCAAUUGAAACUAUCAAGAUCGAAUCUCGGUACUUAAAUCAGUGCAGUACAGAUCUCAUUAUACCCGCCCUCGGAAUUGCAGAAUUAUGGGAGGUACUGUAGAUAGCUCAACCUCAAAUCGAUGGUUGGCCGAAAAUCCUAGCAAAAGAUGGGGCGAAAUAUUUUUUCUUCUCUAUACACCAUUUUGGCUCACCCUUUGCCUUGGCAUUGUUGUUCCCUACAAACUCUAUGAGAAAUUCACCGAGUGGGAAUACCUAUUCUUGGGACUCCUAUCGGCGCUUCCUGCUUUUCUUAUUCCUAUGAUUCUGGUCGGGGAGGCAGAUCGAACAUUACAUUGGAAGGAUCGUUAUUGGGUGAAAGCUAAUCUGUGGAUCAUACUUUUCAGCUACGUCGGGAACUACUUUUGGACUCACUAUUUCUUUACAGUUUUGGGUGCUUCGUACACAUUCCCGUCGUGGAAGAUGAAUAAUGUACCACACACGACUUUCCUUCUCACCCAUGUAUGCUUCUUGUUCUACCAUGUCUCGUCAAAUAUGACGCUCCGUAGGCUCCAGCAUUCCAUCGCUCACUUGCCGGAGAGGACACAGUGGCUCUUCAAAGCCGCCUGGAUUCUAGCUCUGUCGUAUUUCGUAGCAUAUUUGGAGACCGUAGCCAUUUCUAAUUUUCCUUAUUACACAUUUGUCGAUCGGGAUUCCAUGUACAAAGUUGGCUCCUUGUUUUAUGCGAUCUACUUCUUUGUCAGCUUCCCGAUGUUCUUGAGGAUCGAUGAGAAGGCAGACGACAAGUGGGACUUACCGAGAGUGGCGAUUGAUGCUUUAGGUGCUGCAAUGCUCGUGACCAUCAUACUCGACUUGUGGCGCAUCUUUCUUGGCCCGAUUGUGCCGGUUCUGGAUCCCAAACAACACACUCAAUCAGGGCUGCCCUGGUUCCCUGGAAAUGCUGCUUAGAUCCCUCUCUGUCCUGCUCAAGAACUCUACUCUUUUACAUUUUCUUUAGUUUCUGGAACAUCUCAUGGUACCUUUGUUGAUGAGUGAUUCAAUCCUUUUAUGUACGUACGAGGUUAACGUUGCCAAAGUUUUCGAAAUAUUGUAUAGGUCCUUAUUACAAUCCACACAACAAAGCCGAUCCCUGACGAA